AUCGCGAUCGCUGUUUGCGGGAAGUUCUUCACAUUUUUGGACUGUUUCGUGCGCGAUAAGAACAAAUUUAAAUCGUUUGCAACCCCCGGCGUCGUUCUCGUUAAAAAAGUAGUGUGCAAGUGCAAACCGCAACGCUAAAAGAUCAACAAAACUGAAUCCAGAACCGAAAGAGCGUUAAAAAUCCUUUUGCAACGCUACGGAAACCAGGCAACAAUCUCACUCAAAGUAACCUGUGAACGAGAUUCGAAAGUCUCGUAAGGAAGUAGCAAAUGAAAGAGUUGGGACGAAAAGUUGGUGGAACAUCGGCAAUCCGUUAAUAGCAAUCUCAAUCCGACGCAAUCCGAUAAGAUCCACCGCUGCUGGCAGCUGCCAGCUUUUCGUGGAAUGUUGUUUUGCAGUAAACGAUGACACCCCAGCACAAGCCAUCCUCGGACGAGGAACUCGUUGAAGUAGCAAGGCCAGCUGUUGUGAAUGGUUUUCCCUUGUGGAUAUUCGAGAAUCUCGAUGAGGAAAGCGAAUUGAGCAGCGAAGAAGAGGGAGCUGAUAAUGUAGAGGCGUCUGCUGAUUUGACUACGGUUGGUUCCAGCAUACAGCCAGGCCAGGGUCAGCACGCUACUGAGGAAGCUGCUGAACCCAGAAACCAGUCCGAAGCAGAUGUUUGCCCGAAUGCUGUGCCAUUGUCAGUUCAUGGUAGCCAUGCGUUGGCACCCCAGCACAAACCAUCCACGGACGUAGCAAGGCCAGCUGUUGUGAAUGGUUUUCCCUUGUGGAUAUUCGAGAAUCUCGAUGAGGACAGUGACUCGACCGAUGAGGAAUACGAUUCCUUCUGCUCAAGGCCAACGGCUGCUCAGGAAAGACCUGCAACAAGUUCUGAUCGGGAUUCUGGUAACAGGGUUGAUUCCGAUUCCGUUAACACGGUUGUUCAGAACGACAUGAAUAGUCGGAAUGCAGUGUCAUCUCCGGCUUCACAAGGAACCAGUAAUGCAGCACAGGACAGUGUGGUGGAUGGUUCAAAUGGAGCAUUAAAUGCCGGCAAUCCUGCUUCAGGGCAUGGGAGCUCCAGUAUCCAGUCGCAAAAAAGAACGAACAAAACCGCUGACAGUACCGCUUCGCACAUUCCUACGGCUAUCUUCGAUACAUUCAAUGGAGACAGCGACACGACGGCUGAAAUUUUAGAAGAUUUAAAUAGCUUACCAUAUGAUCCGAUUUCCUUGAACAACAUUAAACAUGAGAUGGCUUGUAGCGACAAUGAAUCUGGUUGCACAAACAGGAUCCUUAACGAUCUCGCGAAUGGUUCUGAUGAUGGCCGAUCGCGUUUUCCAUCCAAACAAAUGAAAUUGCAUACAGGCGAAGGUAUUGUCCAAAUUAGCGACUUUCCACCAGUAACCACAACGAAUAGUGACGGAUCAAGUGAUCUGUUUUCCGUUAGCCCUGUAGAGGAUGAUUGUCGCCAACAGCUAGAUAUGGUGGAAUCCGAACCAACACAGACAUCAGUCGAGCGAGAACAACACACCGAGAACGUCACGCACGAUCGGCCGAUAACACCACCAGCUCAGCACACCAUCCUAGGUAGUGUCACCACCAAUGAAUCUGCCAUCGGAAAACUCCAACCCAAUGUCGGGGACUUCCUGCGGUCCACGAUUGAAGCAAAGAUUCAGUUGCAUGAAUCUUUGCGGUCAAUGCUGCCCGGUUUGUUCGCUAAGCAGGUGGCAGAAUCCCAGCAAUCCGAUCUAUUACCCUUGAUCGUACAGAAGCAGUUCCUCAUCAAUCUAGUGGCCGCUGGAUUGAAGCGCAGCUACUGUCGAAACGCUGAUCUCGGCUGCAUUAUUACCAUCGCAGCGCAGCUCGCCUACGGCAAUCCCGAUGCAGCAUGCCUACUUUGGCGUUCUUGAAUCCAUCAUCCAUUGUAUUGCAUUCAGUUCACUAUGUUACCUUGUCCAACGAACGGAUUACUGAACUUUAAUAGAACUUUUAUUUGGUUAAAGAUUUUUCAACGAUAAAAAAUGUCAAAUCCCAAUAAGAAUAUCACGGUGGCCGCUGUUUACCACGGA